AUGAUCUACCUACAGACUGUCGAUCCAUUGCCUGGGUUGGUGGGUAGCACUUUACAACCUUAUGCAGACCAAUGGCCCAUGCGCAUAUGCUUCCUCGCCCUUCCUUGCUACCCAAGAAAAACGAGAGCAGAUGUGACCAACUACCUAGUCCCCUGCACUUUUGACCGCAUGUCAUUAUCAACGUGCAUGUCUUUGAUACAAUACUCUACUUUUAGCUUACCACGCGAAUGCCAUGCGCAACACCAACUUUCGACGACUAGGAAAGAGAUAUCUCAGUCUAAAAGCGUGUUCACCAGCAGCACCGAUGUGGCAGCUUGCAGUGUCAUGGAUUUGAGGGGUUCGCUCAACGUCUAG